AUGCAUGUUACAAAAAAGCUCCAGUUCGAGCACGAGACGGUUUUGGUGGCGCACCUUCAACUUCCGCCCAGUCCCAAAAGAGCGUCAAAAGUUCUUAAACUCAACUUAGCAGAGUGGCGGAUGGCUUGCCGCUGUCUGCGUCCAUUCAAGAAGACGAACAGUAUGAGAGGGACCUCCAGCAGUACCAGAGUCAAGCCAAGCAGCUUUUUAGAAAACUGGAUGCUCAGAGUCCAGAUCGAUGCACUUUGGAGGCUGGAAAUGUUAACUUUCAUUACUUAA